AUUGUGAUCAUUGUUUUUGAUUAGUAAAAUCCGGGUUCCUAAAAAAAAUAAUUAAAAAAAUUGACCACUGAACACAAUCCCCCGGAAGUCUGUCGUAUCGUUUUAAAGUGUCAAAAUGUUUCGUGCAGUUUUAAAUUGCGGACGUAGACAUUCCGUAUGGUUUUCUCAAAUUGUAAAAAAUGUUACCAGAGUUCCCAAUCAUCCAAUUACAUUUGAAAGUACCGCACCGAGAAAUUUUUCGAUGUUACAAACACAAUCGAAUAGGCCCACAUAUAAUUCACAAUUAGUAUCAGUAAAUUUAUUAAAUAAUCCGAAAGUUAUUCAAUUAUGUAAUAAUAUGACAAUUCGUACCGUGACCAAAUUUUCGUUACAAAAAGGAAAACGUAAAACAGUUAAAGCAGCUUUAAAAAGAUUUUAUCGAUUAAAUUGGGGUGGUUGGAUUCGAACACGAGCUGGAAGACACAAACAUUUAUGGAAAAAAUCUCCUGCGUUAAGAAAACGUUUACGGGAACAUGUUUUUGUAAAUGCAACACAGUCGACACUGCUUGAUAAAAUGGUUACCAAAUAUUGGAAAAGACCGAAGUAUUACGUGGAUGAUCCUUACGAAGCAUAUCACACACGAGAGGAAUGGAUUUUUACACGACGUAAACCUUUACCUUAAUUUAUUAUUAGAAUUUAAAAUAAUUAUUUCAUGAAAUUUAAA